AUGAAAGAAGCUGAUCGAAAACGCGCGUGGGGAACCCCGCUGCGCGGGGGAGAGCUGCAGGAACGACGAGAGCAGGAUAGACAUCAGCAUGCCGCACACCGAACAGAGCUUCCAGAGCAACAACGACAGCAUGAACGCGAGCUAAACCGUCAACAGCAUGCAUGUGGAGACCAACGCUACCGGAAGAAGACCGGGAAGCUGAACGUGAGUCGCAUCGUCAGCAACAUGCGUUUCGAAGAGCGGAGCUACCGGAACAAGAACUGGAAGAACAUGGAAAUGAACUCGAGAGACUGCGAACAAUACGCCAAUGUACCCGUCACGGCCACGCCCUUAUUCCCCAUGAAGACUUUGAUGCGACGAUGA